AUGGACCCUAAGGAAGUUCCAGGUGUUUGUGAGAAAAUAGGUUUACCGUCCGUGAUAAAGGCGCAGGUACUGGCAGGUGGCCGGGGCAAAGGUGUCUUUGACACGGGACUGAAGGGUGGAGUCCAGAUCGUCGAAUCCCUCGACGAAGCUUCUGCUAUUUCAACUCAGAUGCUUGGGCACUAUCUGCGGACAAAGCAGACCAAAGACAGUGGUUUGCCUGUCCAUAAGUUAUACGUGACAGAGAAGAUCCCAUACAACAAGGAGUUCUAUCUUUCCAUCUGCGUCGACCGUGACCGGCGUUGUCCCGCCAUUGUUGCUUCGCGGAGCGGCGGCAUGGACAUCGAAACAGCGGUCAAAACUGACCCAACUAGCGUUGUUCGAGUACCGCUCAACUACACUGAGGGAAUUAACGAGGCAGCGUCCUCGGAGGUCGCGCGGCUGUUUGGCCUAGCUAGCGGUGUCCAAAAGGACAAAAUUCAUGAGCUACUAACGACCUUGUACGAGCUCUUUAAGUCUCACGAUGCGACGCUGCUCGAGAUCAAUCCGCUAGUUGCCACCGCAUCAGGAGACCUUAUUUGCCUGGAUGCCAAGUUCAACUUCGACAAUGCGGCCCGGUUUCGGCAGCCAGAGCUGUUCGCUCUGGAGGAGCAGGCGGACCGGGACGCAAGGGAAAUAGAGGCAGCGAGACUAGGCUUUUCUUACGUCAGGUUGGACGGGAAUAUCGGCAAUAUCGUAAACGGUGCGGGCCUGGCAAUGGCGACCAUGGAUGCCAUAGACUAUCACGGAGGCAAAUGCUCUAACUUUCUUGACGCGGGCGGCAAAGCUACAAAAGAGACAAUGACAGACGCUUUUCGAAUUGUUUUGGAGGAUGAACGCGUCAAGGUCGUGUUCAUUAACAUCUACGGAGGUAUCAUCCACGGAGAUAUGGUCGCUACCUCGAUAAUUAGUGCGGCAAGAGAGCUCGGCCCCCUCCGUGUGCCACUCGUCGUGCGACUGCAAGGAACUAGUGCUGACAAGGGUCAGGCCAUGCUUGCGCAAUGCGGUCUGGAUAUUCAUUCGGUCGCCGACUUCACUGAAGCAGUCCAGCUCGCCAUUCGUUUAGCUUCGCAGUAA